GGAAGCCCUACUGAUAGCUAGGUUGUUCUAAUUACACAUACUUUCGAAACAUCUAAUUACUAUAAAUUUUUCUGAAUCUAUGCACUGCAUCUGUCCUCAUCUUCUUCCCAAAUGGCAAAUGAUAAACAACAAUGAGAAAUUCUGAAGUACAGACAAGAAAAAAAAAGAUGGAGUAGAAUGAUUAAUAUAGCAGCAACCACUGAACAUCGCUGGCAAACCUUAUCGAGGCAACAAUUUACUUUUCAAAAACACCAACAGGUAAUUCCCUUUGAAUCCACUCCAUCCAUAUAAACACUUCUCCUAUCCUAUUCUCCUCUUUAUACAUUUUUCACACCUUUGAAUUAUCCAUCUAAUACUUCCCCUAAAUCUUUAAAAUCUCAUCGUACCGUUUCUCGGGUCAACUUUUACAGCGAAGAAGAUCAUGCAUUCGAAAAGAAUACAAUUGCACAUCAAAGAUCACAAAGUGGUUUUGGACAAUGGCUUCGUCAGACUCACGCUGUCGAAGCCGGAAGGAUUUAUAAUUGCCAUUAAAUACCACAAUAUCGACAAUCUGCUCGAGAUUGCCAAUGAAGAAUCUAACAGAAUGUAUUGGGAUCUUGUUUGGAGUCCACCGGGAAGCACUGGAACCACCGGAACAUUCGAAAGGAUUAACGCGACAAGUUUUAGAGUGGUUGUGCAAACAGAGGAACAAGUCGAGCUAUCAUUCUCGAGGCCAUGGGACAUUUCCCUCGAGGGAAAACUUGUUCCACUAAACAUAGAUAAGAGGUUCAUAAUGCUUAAUGGUUCAGCUGGAUUCUAUUCUUACGCCAUCUAUGAACGGCCGGAGGGCUGGCCUGGAUUUAACCUGGACGAGACAAGAAUUGUGUUCAAGCUGAGGAAAGACAGGUUUCAGUAUAUGGCUAUGGCAGAUAAUAGGCAAAGAUACAUGCCUUUACCAGAUGACAGAUUGCCUGGUAGAGGCCUACCACUGGACUAUCCUGAGGCUGUUCUUUUAGUCGAUCCUAUUGAGCCUGAAUUUAAAGGAGAGGUAGACGACAAGUACCAGUAUUCUUGCGACAACAUAGAUGGGAAGGUCCAUGGAUGGAUAUGCAGAGAUCAACCAGAAGCUGUGGGGUUUUGGCAGAUCAUGCCGAGCAACGAAUUCAGAACUGGAGGACCCUUCAAGCAAGAUCUCACCUCUCAUGUUGGCCCAAUCACUCUUGCUAUGUUUGUUAGUGCUCACUAUGGAGGGGAAGAUGUGGUGAUUAAAUUCGAAGAAGGUGAAGCUUGGAAGAAAGUAUUUGGGCCAAUCUUUAUGUACCUCAAUUCAACGGCUGAUGGAGCCGAUCCUCUCACCCUUUGGGAAGAUGCCAAAUCACAGGCAGAAGAACAAAACAAAAGCUGGCCUUACAGUUUUCCAGCAUCAGAGGAUUUCCCACCUUCAGCUCAGAGGGGCACACUUAAUGGCAGAUUACUUGUUGCCGACAGGUCCAUGAGUGAUGAUUAUAUGCCUGCAAAUGGAGCACACAUUGGCUUGGCACCCUUUGCCGAUCAAACUGGAUCUUGGCAAACAGAAGGCAAGGGAUAUCAAUUUUGGACAACAUCAGAUGAAAAGGGCAAUUUUUCCAUCACCAAUAUUCGAGCAGGGGACUACUGUCUCUACGCAUGGAUCCCAGGUUUUAUCGGGGACUACAGACAUGGCAAGCAGAUUACCACAACUCCAGGAGUCUCCAUUGACAUUGGCAACCUCCUGUAUGAGCCCCCAAGGGAUGGACCAACCCUGUGGGAAAUAGGCAUCCCUGACAGGUCUGCUAGAGAAUUUUACAUCCCCGAUCCAGAUCCGAAUCUUGUAAACAAACUAUAUUGCAAUCAUCCGGACAGGUUCAGGCAAUAUGGACUGUGGAGAAGAUACUCUGAGCUCUAUCCUAAUGGUGAUUUAGUGUAUACAGUUGGGGAGAGCAAUUAUGCUACAGACUGGUUCUUUGCCCAUGUUACCAGAAAGAAUGGAAAUACGUACCAAGCAACAACAUGGCAGAUCAAGUUCAAACUGGAUGCCAUCCAACCAGGAGGAACGUACAAAUUGAGAUUGGCACUCGCAUCUGCAAAUCAAGCUCUGCUCGAGGUCAGGAUCAACAAUCCAGGAGAAAAUCCGCCAUUGUUCAGUAGCGGAGCAAUCGGGAAGGAUAACGCAAUCGCCAGACAUGGGAUCCAUGGCCUCUACUGGCUCUUCAGCGUGGAUUUGCCGGCGGCUUCUCUCGUCCAUGGCGACAACAAGAUCUAUUUAACACAAGCGAAUGCUGAGACGCCGUUGCAGGGAGUUAUGUACGAUUACAUCCGUCUCGAAGCGCCUCAAUAA